AGCAAAAGUGCGAUCGAAGUGUGAGUAUUGAGCGCCCGUGCUACCUCGCUUGCGUUAGGCAUCCACUUACUUCAAGCAGGCUGCCCGCUGGGACAAGCGACCAGGGAAGGGCCCCUUGCACCAAACGGGCGCUGUAAGACAGCUUGCAUUUCCACUUUGAAAGAAGCACAUGCGAAGGCACUGCGUUAAACACAACAAAUCAUCCGCGGUGGCAACUGAUUGAGCACGUGCCUCUUCUAUCUUACUUGUUCGUCAAAAAGUGUGGACUAGCUUCUUUGCAUAGAUUAUCAAUGAUUUUUCAGCACAUUGCAUGCAGAACACAGCUUCCACGUUUCUUCCACGUUUCUUAGCGGACUGAAACGUAUUGGUGCUCUUGCUUUUCUACCGCAGCUUUGGGGCUCCUCAAUUGAGCGAUUACAACCAUAUAGAGCGGCUUCUCAGAAUAUAAGCAGAGUAACUCAAGAUGGAAGGGGUGGAGGUGGUUUCGCGGGACGAAGAAGAGAUGCUUGCCAGGAAAAUGGAAGAACUGGAGGCACAUGAGUGGGAACAGUCUGACGAGUCUGAGGAAGAAGCUGCCGCGCCUCGUUACACCCUCCCCGACAAUCGCCCUUCCCCGGUGCUCCGGCCGGAUGAUUCGGCGGGGCCGUCCUCAGCCCCCCCACAGAAACGAAAGUUUCAACGACGGAAGCGGAGCGAAGCUAAGGACCGUCCCUAUCGACCACGAUGCUACUUUGAUCUUUCGCUCGACGGGGUUGCCGAGGGGAGGAUUGUGGUCCAGCUGUACUCGGACGUGGUUCCCAAGACUGCGGAGAACUUUCGGGCUCUCUGCACGGGCGAAAAGGGCAUCGGAGAGAGCGGCAAGCCGCUUUGGUUCAAAGGCAGCACGUUCCAUCGAACGAUCCCCAUGUUCAUGAUCCAGGGGGGUGAUUUCACAAAAGGAGACGGCACCGGGGGCGAGUCAAUCUAUGGCAGGACUUUCGAGGACGAAAACUUCGCGUACAAGCACACUCGGAAGGGCUUGCUGUCGAUGGCAAACGCGGGGCCCAAUACGAACGGCUCCCAGUUCUUCAUCACCGUCACCAAGACGCCGCACCUGGACGGGAAGCACGUCGUCUUUGGCAGAGUCAUCCACGGAUAUGGCCUGGUCAAAGUGCUCAGCGACCUCCCGACCGAUGGGAAGGCGGACCGGCCCCUGAAAGAGAUCCGUAUCACCGACUGCGGAGAGUUCCGUCAAGGGGAUCCGAUGGUGGUUACGGGCCUACUGGGCGACGGCGACGAGUUUUACGACUGGCCGGCGGACAUGUACGACCCGCCCCAGGACGUCGAGUGGUGGCUGGAGGCGCAGGAGGCGAUCCGAAGCAUCGGCAACGGGUACUUCAAAAAGGGGGAGUUCAUGCAGGCGCACCGCAAGUACCAGAAGGCGCUCAGAUACUUCGACCAGUCGUGGCGGAAGGACGGCCUGUCCCCUGACGUCAGCAUCAAGCUGAAGCAGGCGCGGUAUGCUACCCUGCUCAACCUGGCGUCGUGCAAGCUGCGGCUCGGCGACCCCGCGGACGCGAUCCGGAGCACGGAGUACGUCCUGAGCGAGCAGCCGGACCACGUGAAAGCGCUCUACAAGCGGGGCCAGGCGCGCGCCGCCAACUCGGAGCUGGACGAGGCCCUCCAGGACCUGACCAGAGCAGCUGAGCUCGCGCCAGCGGACGUGAGCAUCAAGGAGGAGCUCGUCAAGGUGCGAAAAAAGAUUCAGCAGCGGAAGGACAGCGAAAAGAAGACGUACGCUCGGAUGUUCUCAUGACAGAUUGUCUAUAGUACUGGCGCUCUGGAGCGACACUUCACGAAACUUUUUGAAAGUAAAUGGUAUAGUCGGACAGGCAAACAAUCUUGAAGUGCGACACUGCAAGACAUAGAAGCUAAGUGAGAUUGUAAACAAAUGUCAACAUACACAUCUGCAACGUCGCGAUUGUUGGGUGGACUUAAGAGAUGCAGUUGAACUUCUUGACAAUUUUCUGCUGCCGACCUUUCAAACUUGCUUUGCACGCCUUGAGGCGGCGCGGCUGGAAUAAGAGCUAAGGCCGACAACCGAAACAAUCCCGUAAAUACGCCGGCUGUAUGUCCGACUGAGGGCUGUUUGAAGGACCGAGCAUUCUUUAAGGGCAAAGCUAGACGGGCGCGCCGUUGCGGCACAUGCUUAGUACCUGUAUUUUCGACGUAAAAAGCAAUAAACAUUCCACUUAUGAAUGCUAGAGAUUGAUGGAAUUUUACAGGGG